AUGGCCAGUGGAAAGGGCAGCACUGCCCAGGGCUCCAAAAAGAGAAGCGCUCGCCGGGGGAAACCCCGCAGCGCAAGGCCUAUACACGACACACAUACCACAGCAGACACGAGCGCCGAAGGCGGCCCGGAACCCGUCAGCCCAGCCGAAGCGAAAGGUGAAGUGGCAGUGUCUGUUGCCGACAACUUAAGCAACACAAGAGAAAAGCCCGUAGCUCUAAAUAUAGGGUCAAAGCCAAAUAGCAGCAGAAAGCCCAACUCUGGAUCGUCAGGAAAGCAGGCGCAGAUGGUGUUUACCGUGGGCACUUUUGACGACCGCGAAUAUGACGGCCGCGCAGACAGCGAUAGCCUCAGCGAUGGUGCCAGUGCUGUGUUGCAGUCACGCUUCCGGGGCUCUCGGCAGUCAGCAGAUAUCGCCAGUAAUUCCAAAGGACUUUCAGCCACAGAGACAUCAGCAGCCGUUGCGACCAACUACAGUGCAAGCGCCAGCGUUCCUGAUGCGCCAUCGGGUCACACGCCUCCCGCUGGGGAUGCAUCCAGAAAUGUGCACCCUGCAGACACACAGAAUGUCAGAGCACUCAAGGAAUCUGCUGCCUCGCUGAGGAAGUCACAGCCAAGCCGGCAGCCCUUGUUCACCAUGGGGUCACACUCGGAGGUCAGCGAUUUGGAAUGCGCUGAUGAAUACGAUACGCCCGCUGACGGCAGGCGCAAUCCACCAGCUGAACAUGUAGCCGACUGCACAUCGGGCGACAACACGCGCGACAAGCUGAGCCCUAGCGCCAAUUUGCAGUCUAGAAUCCGAUUGCACAACUCGAGGGUCAGCUAUGCAGAUGCCGUUAUGGACAACAGCGACCGGUCCAACCAUGCAAACGGUAGUGUUGCUAAUUCCGGGGAUCGCGCUAUGAGCAGCAGUAUCAACAGCAGCAGUAUCAACAGCAGCAGUGGAUACAGGCCCAAUUUCCCGGUCAACGAGCAGAAUCGGGUCUGCAGCCCUGCAGCGCUUCAUGCGUGCAAGGCAAUGACCAGCCUUAUGCACCUCGCCGAUCCCUCGGCCAGCCACAGCUUUAGCGCGCAGUCUGCCAACGCAGCUGAUGAAGAUGGAGAGGGCUCCGGUCUGGCUUUGCGCGAGAGGGUUAUCAGCGCUCCAGCGAUCCAGGAAUCUAGCAGCAAUUUGCCUACAAGCGACAACGACCCCAGCAUUCAAGCAGGCAAGGACAAAGAAGCCCCAGAGGCACUUUACCUCGAUAGAGGCAAGGCGCCGUUGUUGCGGGACAGCCAGCUGAAAGCGCGGAAGAAGACCAGCGCCAGAAAGCCUCAUGUGAAAAAGGCCGUCAGCUCAGCGGCCCUGCGGACGCGUUUGCGGCAUGGUACGACUGCCCGCCGAGACAACCUUCCAUCAAAGGGACAUGCGCACGCGGGAGUUAAUGGCGACGCGGACGCGCCAGAUGGGGACGGCCACGUCGAGGGUUCGUAUGUUGACUACAGCGGGAAUAGUGACUCUGAAGACGACUCGGCUUCGCAGCAAAAUUAUCAUCAGGAACAGAAUCAGCAGCAGCAGCAGCAGAACAGAGCCCAGGCUGAUGCGAUGUCUCGCAUAACGCACGCCAACAUUUCUGCGCUUGACCAGUCGCGGGGCAGCCUGCAUUCAUCGACAGCGACUCUUGGAGGUGCCUGCCAAGAUAUUGAUGACUCGGUCACUACGGCCAGCAUGGACAGCCCGUGUCCUGAGCAGGCGGAUCCCAGGGACAGGCCAGCACCUGCAGGAGCAGUGCCAGCAGGAGCACCAGAGGUUGCAGCCGUUGCUGGGCCGGUACCAGCAGCAGCAGCAGCAAGCAGUGGACCGCAUAAUGGCGACACCAACGGUAUUAUUCGGUAUGAAGAUACCGUCGGCCAUUCUGUAGGCGGUGCCAUGCGCCGAAGCUCUCGUCUGCAAGAGCUUCGCAGUCACAGCCCGAAACAGCAUCAGCAUCAGCAACAUCAAUACGCGGACAGCGAGUUGCCAGUAGGCAGACAUGGCCAGCUCGUUGCCACAGAGCAAUCUCACAUAAUGCAGGAACAGGAAAUUGAGAGCAGAUACGCCGACACGGAAGGCCAGCUCAACGGCGGAAGAGACACCCAGAAUCAGCAUCAGCAUCAGCAGCAACCGGGCCGACAGACCGACAAUUUCAAGAGCAACAGCCGCCAAAUACCUGAGGAGUACACGUCACCCUUUUCAUAUGGGACUGCAGCGCACCUGACGAUGAGCACCAACCGCAAUAUGGAGUCGCAAAGGCAGCAGGGAAUUGUUGAACGCGAGCGGGAGGAGAUGGAGAUAGCAACCUCGCAGCUGACUGGCGUGCCUCGCCGAGUCAACCGGCCAACCAGCAUGCUGCCGCACAUUUUUAUCAACACAGGUACCGAGGCCCACGCACAGCAGGUGCGCAAGACCGAGCGUGUAUACGCCCACGUACGCAAUGUGGCACACCCGCUGCUGGAGAGCAUCUCUCGAUGCGUCAUGCUGCGUGAGUACCGCCUUGCGAUAGGAGUGCCGCGAACGCAGCCGCGGUCGUGGGCGUCGCGCCGAACGCCGACAGAGCCCACCGAGGCUGACAUCCAGGCCGAGUGGUGGGAGUCGCUUAUGCCCCCGCCAUUGACGCAGCCAGGUGCAGGGCGCGAUCAGCGGACGGGUACGGAGAGCUCAACUCGCCAGCAGCCAACAGAGCUCCCACAUUGGAUGCUUGUGCCUGACGAGGCGAAGUGCGCUGUGUACGGCCCAGACCUGAGUGCGCCGGGCGCCAGUUUCGGGUGCUACGAUUUAGCGGAGCCAGGGUGCGAGCACAUCCGCGAGCUGCGCAUUCGGGCCAAGGAGCUCCGGCUCAACCGGCAGCAGACCAUUUCGGCGGGCCGAAACCAGAAUCUGCCAUCGUUCCGCCCGCCCACACAUCAGUCAACAGCGACUACGGCAGCGCAGGAGACCUGGCGCGGCCGGCGCGUUCCCGGGCUUCUGACUGUCGACAUGUAUCCGGGAAACACGCGCCCGAUGGACCUUGCCGCACGGCAGGUGCAGCGGCAUAACUCGGAACCCCCCGUGUCCUCGUCCCCCGACAGCAUCAAGAUGGGCCGCGCAAACCCACUGGCGCAGCCCUACCGCCGCUACGGCACAGUUUAUGGAUGCCCAACCGGUGCCCACGCUGGCGUCACGACCGGCGCACACGGAGCGGCCGGUGGUCCGGGCAGUUUCUCUGCAGGCAACAUGGUGGCGGCGGCAGGGCUGGCUGUGCGUGGCCAGGAUGGAAUGCCGGUAGCCCGCGCCAACUCUGGAGGCAUCUGGGACAAUGACAUGCGGCGCUCCAGCUACUUUGACCGCCUUUCAAUUGACGAGACGAGGUCGCAGCUGUCGACUUCAGCCGCGCAAACCACGACAGGUGGCUUCCUGCGCAGAGUCAUAUCAGGCCUCGCUGGCGGGACCGCGGCAGCCUUUGGCGCGUCCCAGUAA